AUGGCUCCAGUGAGGAUCGACACCCCACCGGAGAGAUCCUCGUCAACUAGGACGGGCCCGACGAUCCAGCGACCCCAUGAACUUGUCGCCGUCUCGCAAGCUCUUCACCAUCACUCUGUCUCGGUAGUGACCUUCAACAUCGAGCUCUACGGCCGCAACAUCAUCAUGCACUCGUCCAACGUCAGCUCCGGCUUUGCUAUCCGGCGUUUUGACCAGUCCCAACUUUCUCGCAAGAAAGCCGCGUGCCUCCGGAAGGAAACCGGAAACGACAACUACGUUUCCCAAUCCACCCAGGGCCAGACCCCGGAGAAUUUGUUCCGCAGAGCCAUCUUCCGGUCUAUCAAGAUGCUGUUCCGAUCCCCGAUUGUCUUCUUUGUGCCCCUCGAGGUGUCCCUCGUAUACGGCUAUCUCUACCUCCUGUCGAUCACCUUCACCUUCGUAUUUCGCGGCCAGUACGGCUUCGAGUCCCAAGCCGUUGGCCUCGCCCACCUCUGUUUCGAAGUCGGAUUCCUGCUGGGCCUCUUCAACAGGGGCGCGACGUCGGACCACAUCGCCAAGAAGCGGGCCGCCGGCACGGCGAUCAAGCCGAGGGACCGGCUCCCGCCGCUGAUCUUCGGCGUCGUCCUGGUCCCCCUAUCGGGUGCACUGGAUGGCGCGCCGAUCGUGGGCACGUCGCUCGUCGGGCCGGGUGUUCUGUUCGUCUUCAUGCCCGUGCAGUCGUACCUAUCGCUGUUCGGCGCCGUGUUGCCGCUCGCCGGUCAGCCCAUGUACGCGGCGCUGGGACUCGGGUGGGGGAACAGCCUGCUCGCCUUCGUUGCGCUGGCCACCGUCCCGCUCACGCACCUCCUUAUGAUCUGCGGGAAAGACUAGGUAGAGAUGUAUAUGACAUAAGAUUGAGGAGCCUGUUGGACCAUGGUGGUUCAAUUAUCUAAUUAAUGGAAGAUACAACUUUG